AUGCCUGGUGGAAAGUUCGAGACACAAUCUAGAAAUGGAACUCACACGCUAAAGAUCAGCAAAAUCGAGAUGAAUGAGGGUGAAACCUACGAAAUUGACGUCGCCGGCCUCGUAGGCAGCUGUUUCGUCACAGUGCUGGAGGCUGAAAAACGCCCAGUGCCAUUCCAAAUUAAAGGCACAAGACGUGGUGAUCCAAAACCAGUCAUUCUCAGAAAUGGAAAACCCAUUGACGAAAGCAUGAAAGAUCUUGUUGAAGUCGUAAUCAACGGAGAUGUAGCUGAGAUCAAAUUCAAAAACCCGCAGCUGGCUGACACGGGCAAAUGGGCGCUGGAACUGGGUAACUCAGCCGGUACAGCUCUGGCUCCAUUUGAGUUGUUUGUGAAGGACAAGCCAAAAGCUCCAAAAGGACCUCUGGAAGUGAAGAACGUCACGUCUGAAAGUCUUGAUCUCAAAUGGGGACAACCCGAAGGUGGCGAGGGUCAACCAGUGAAGGCCUACAUUGUUGAAGUACAAGAAGGAAGGAGCGGCCAGUGGAAGAAGAUUGCCGAAACCAAAGGAACCGAGUUCAAAGUCAAAGAUCUGAAAGAAAACGGAGAGUACAAGUUCCGUGUAAAAGCCGUUAACGAAGUUGGAGAAUCGGAUCCGUUGACGGGAGAUACCGUGAUCGCCAAGAACCCCUAU